AUGAGCAAACCCAAAGCGAAAGCUGCUCAGACACAUCAAACAGGGAUAUACAAGUCAGACUCGGUCAGAGACGUCGCCGAGUCGCUGGGCAUUGCCAACUUAUCCGAGACAGUAGCAUCCUCACUUGCGAGUGAUGUCGAGUAUCGCAUUCAUCAGGUCAUAGAGGAAGCCUCGCGGUUCAUGCGCCAUGCCCGACGAACUACGAUAACAACUUCAGACAUUGACCAGGCCCUUCGAGUUCUGAACAUCGAACCUCUUUAUGGUCACAAUCCACAUAAUCCACCAGUAUUUAGACGCGCUCUGCCGUUCCCGAACUCGGCUAAUGUAGGCCCUGUCUACUUCGUGGAUGACGAAGAGAUCGACUUUGACCGCGUGCUCCGAGAGGAGAAAAUUACCCUGCCAAAAGGGGUCAGCUGGACUGCUCACUGGCUUGCAGUUGAAGGUGUCCAGCCUCUCAUUCCAGAAAAUCCACCAGCAAUACCGAAGGACGUCGAUCAAGAAAUUACGAAAUCACCACCCCAAGCAAACGGUGCAUUCCCAUUGACCCCGCCGUCAGAAAGCCGUUCUACUGUCAAGAAGCAACAACAGCAACAGCAGCAUCUCGUCAAACAAGUGCUAUCACGAGAGCUACAGCUGUAUUAUACGCGGCUUACAGCGUCAUUAUUGCCGCCUACUGCUGACUCUACUAAGCGGACAGCAGCCCUUGCGAGUUUGCGCAAUGAUGCCGGGCUACAAGCGCUCUUGCCUUACCUCAUUCGCUGGGUUGGAGAGGGCGUUGUGACCGCACUAAAAGAGGGUGCUCAAACUGAAGCGGAUGGACGGUCGUUGGAGGUUUUAUUGGACGUCGUUAGCGCCAUCUUCGAGAACAACACAUUAUUCAUUGAACCUUAUCUCCACCAAUUAUUACCAGCUAUCCUGUCAACUCUUCUCCAUUCCACGCUUCCACCAUCGCAUGCUACCCACUUGCGCACAUCUGCCGCUCAGACGCUCUCCCGUUUGCUUACCCAACAUUCUACGACGUACCCAUCACUCUCACCACGAAUUAUGAAAACACUCCUCGUUGCUCUCAUAUCAUCAGACAAAUCCAAAGGCACACGGGAAGGUGCCAUCCGUGGCCUGGUGGGAAUCGGAAAGGAGGCGGUAAGGAAAGGACUCGUGGAGGGUGGCGGAGUGAAAGUUGUGGGAAGUGAAUGUACACGAGGAGAGACCGGCCCCCUCGUCGAAUCCGUCAUGACCGCUUUGCAUGUUCUGCAUCCCGCAUCAGACAUGCCUGAGUCGCUAGAUGCAACGGACGAGGGCGAUGCUAUAACUAUAGGGCAGUUGCAAGAAGUUUUAGGCAAUUUCUUCGCUGAGAAGCUUUAUGGUGAUAAAGGUUGGGCAAUGGGUAUUCUGGGUAGCAUAAAGCAGCAAAGUUGA